AUGUUCGUUAUAUUUUCCACACGAAUAUUGAAAGAAAUCUUUGCAUGGAUCAACGGAUUCAUCUCUCCAAUUGAGCUAAGCUUCCAGGGUUACCCGGUAAACCGAAAGGCAUGGGUCAGAGAACAAAAACCAAUUAAUACUGAUCCUAAAUCGAUCUACCAACUCCCAGCAUUACUCAAACCAAAACGUGUUUACAAGAAACCUAUUCUGAAAAUGGUUUUGAAUCUGAAAUCAAAACCAUCGAAGGAAAAAGUUCCAAAACCCAAAAAGGAGGCAAAACCUGGCAAGAAAUUGAAUCCAUUGAAGAAGGAGAAACCGGUCAAACAGAAGAAGAUCAAGACUGCAGAUCCUAAAAAAGAAGUUGUUGGGAAGCCGAAAGAUCCGAAGCAAGAAAAAGAGAAGACUCCGAAUCUUUUCAAGAAACCAAAAAGUAUGAAGAAGGAUGAACAUGUGAAAGUGUAUAACGCUUCGCCUGCUCCUGGACAAGCUCCCAGAACAUCAGAACAGGAAAAAAAGAAAUCUCACAAGUCUCUUCUUAUUAAUGGCGUUCUCAUCUGCAUUAUUCUUGCUCUUUCUCUUGCUUUGCUAUUAUCCCCAUUUUAUAUUUUGAAUUUACAACUCAAUUGGAGAGAUGAAUCCGUUGAUCCAUGCAAUGAUUUCUUUCAAUAUUCGUGUGGAAAAUAUAACGAACAUGUUACUGUUGAGGGACCGCCUAUUACCAAACAGUCUUAUAUUCUAGAUGGAUUGAUUAGAGAAUACCUCCUAAAAAACAAGACGACUUCUUCGGCAUCUGAAAACGCAAUGCUACAAUUGUUUGCAAAAUGUCAAGAAUACAGAAACAUAACGAACGGGGUUCAAGCGGAAAACUUGCAAAAUCUAGCUAAACUAGUCGAAUCUCAUGUUGGUAACUGGAAUGAUGCUAAUUUCGAUAUAACCAAAGCUUUGCCAAAUAUCGUAACAAAGUUUGGCGAUUUUGGCAACAUUAUUGAUUUUGGUCUCUUUUCUCUACUCACUGUAACUGGAGAUGAGCUCAUUAUUCACGAAACCCUUAAAUUUACACCAUCCGACGAUGAAUUGAAAAAUAUUUUGAGUUUUAAAGAGGAAUGGGACAAGUUAUUCAUAAAAGGGAUGAAAGCAAGUGUGGAAUACAAAAAUGUAACAACUUUGAUUCCAUCUAUUGAUUUUGAUGGAACCAUUAAAAGUACGUUCAAAUCACCAGAAACCGCAUGGCCCAAAAUUGAAAGCAAAAUCGAAAUUGAUAAAAUCUUUGAAGUACAUGGUACAGAUAUGGAGAAUUUAAUCAAGGGAAGAAAAGAAGAUCUCCGCAAGUUUUUGAUCUUCAAAUUUCUGUAUACCUUAUUCAACGAUUUGAAUUUGAAUAACCAAUGCCAUAGCAUGGUCAGGAAACUGCUUCCACUAGCUUCUUAUCGAGUGUUUGUCCGAAAUCAUUUCGAUAAAGAAAAUAUGGAGGAUGUGGCUGAAAUGGUGGAGAAUACGAAGGAUGUCUUCAUUGAAAUGAUUGAAGAUUCUGAGUGGCUUGAUGAUAAGACCAAGAAAAAUGCGAUUAAAAAAGCGAAGGCUAUGAAAACGAUUGUUGGUUACCCAAAGGAGUUUGAGAAAGCUGGGGCAUUUGAUGAAAGAUUCCAUUUUGAAAUUAAACCAUCCGAUUUCUAUAGUGAAAUUAUAUUUAACGCACGAAAAUACUCUGUACAGCAGCUCACCAGCUUCAUGGCUUCCGAAACAACUCUCAAUCCAAUGUUGCUGCAAUUCACAACAAAUGCUUUCUAUGCGAAUUUCGAAAAUUCUAUUACUGUACUUGCGCCUAUCAUCUCCGAUCCUCUUUUCCAUCACAGUUUCCCUGAAUACGCAAAGAUUGCUGGCGUUGGAUUCAUAAUUAGUCAUGAAAUUGGGCAUGGUUUUGAUAACGGUGGUCGCAAUCACGAUGAAACUGGAAAAAAGAAAAUGUGGUGGACUGAGAAAGACGUGAAGGAAUAUGAGAAACGAAUGAUGUGUUUGGUGGAACAGUACGAGAAGUAUGAUGACCCAACUUUUGGGAAAAACCUUAACGGGUCGUUGACUCUCGGAGAAAUGACAGCUGACCAAAUAUCCGCUGAUGUCUCCUGGAGACAUUUCAAAAAAAUAGACCUUGAGGAAGAACCGAGACUAGUUGGAUUCGAAGACUACGACAUUGAAAAACUAUAUUUUCAAAUCGGAGCGCUGAACUGGUGUUCUCCGCGACCUAGUUAUUCUCUGCAAAAGCAACUCACGGAUAAUCAUGCGGUUCAUAGUUUCCGAACCAAUGGAGUGUUCGCAAAUAUGAAAGAAUUUGCGGACACGUAUGAUUGCCCGGCUGGAUCCCCUAUGAACCCGAAGAAAAAGUGUGAAUUUUUCUGA